GACAAGUAGAAGCAGACAAAGCAGUAGCAAAUUGUGCAGCUUUCUAUUUAAAAAAGCAGCUGGUGACAGGUUUCCUCACAGCUAUCCACCACUCAAUCAUGUCCACCUCACCCUCCAUCUCUCACCUCCUCUUCCUCCUCGUCCUCCUAAUCGCCGCCGCCUCCACCACCGUCUCCGCCACCGACCACAUCGUCGGCGCCAACCGAGGCUGGAACCCCGGCAUCAACUACACCCUCUGGGCCAACAACCACACCUUCCUCGUCGGCGACCUCAUCUCGUUUAGGUACCAGAAGACACAGUACAAUGUGUUUGAAGUGAACCAGACCGGGUACGACAACUGCACAACGGAAGGGGCUGUCGGAAACUGGAGCAGCGGCAAAGACUUCGUCCUCCUCGACAAGGCUAAGAGGUAUUACUUCAUUUGUGGCACGGGUGGCUGCUUUAAUGGCAUGAAGGUUUCGGUUGUUGUCCACCCACUUCCUCCUCCGCCUAAAUCCGCCGUCGGUGCUGACCAUUCAAACACCAAGUCCGCCGCCUCUGCCUCCACGCCGCCGCUUGCUCUUUGGCUGCUCAUCAUUGCUGGGGUUCUUUUGGGGAUUUAGCCUGUAGAAUUAUGCUUGCUAUCCAACCAUUCAAAAAUGAGUAUUUACCAUUUACCAUUUACCAGCACGCAGUUGUAGUGAAUUGUAAAAGUGAAAAUGAAUGUUGUCAUUUGUUGAUUUAUCAUUGGAAGAUUUUUUUGUUUUGUUUUUCCUUCUUUAACUCCAUUUUUUGGGAAAUGACAUGAUUUCUUAGGGCUG